UGCCCUAGUUUGGAAAAAUUGGGGCAAAGGAGACGAGUGAUACAGAGAGAGAGACGGCGGAAGGAGAAGACUGCUUUUUUUUUUUUGUAUUCUUGCGGGAGGGGGUAGAAAAAGAUAUAUCUGCGCCCGCCCCACCCCGCCACAGCCGGCAAGAUUUCAUCACAAACAGACUCUGAUAAGUUUGAAAGAAGAUUCCCAUGCCGAUCAUUACAAAGCUCUAUUCAAUGGAAGAAGUCGCACAACACAAUAGCAAGGAGGAUUGCUGGAUCGUCAUUGACGGCAAGGUAUACGAGGUAUCAUCAUACUUGGAUGAACACCCUGGUGGAGAUGAAGUGAUCCUCCAGGCAACUGGAAAAGAUGCGACGGAUGAGUUUGAAGAUGCAGGGCACAGCGAAGAAGCAAGAGAGCAAUUGGAAGCGUUUUGCAUUGGGGAGCUUGACCAAACCGCCCCUGCAAUACCGGAAAUGAAAAUUGUUUCAAAGAAGAAGCAGUCAUCCGGAGGGAUUGUUCCAAAGCUGACCAACUUCACAAAACAGCAGUCUUGGGUUCUCCCUGUAGGAGGAGUGGGUAUUUCUCUUGUGGUGGUCAGCUUAUUGUAUUAUCGAAGGAAAUGAGAAGAAAGUAAGUUUUCAUUUUGUUAGAGAAAGAAGACUAUUAUUAUUCUUAAUUCAUCAUGUUACAACUUUUUUGUACACAACAAUGUGUCAAUUAUCUUGUUUCAGAACAAGGAUAUCUGGUUUUUGUUUAAUCAUUUAAAUGAAAGAGCUUUCUUGC